GAGGUUUCUCGCCGAGGAUGAGAGGGCGAAGGACAAGAGCAUUGUGCUGCUGGAGGCUAGGGAAGCUUGCUGGGGUGCGACAGGCAGGGUUGGAAGGUUGCAAUCACUACAGUCUUCACUCCAACCUUCGCAGCGGCCUCAGGAGGAAGUCGCUGGAGCCGCGGGUCUCAAGAUUGACCAUGCUAACGAGCGUGUGGACAGAACGGCGGCCACUGCCAACCCCUCCUUUUCGACCGCGGCGCGGACGUAGCAGCCUUCGAGCUGAAGAAUGUUAACACCGUCCAAUCCUAUAUCGAAACGAACAAUGUCGCCUGCGAAUGGCGCAGCGUCUCGGGCUGCCGCACCUUUUGGACGGAGGAAGUCAUGAAGGAAGCAGAGCAGGAAGUCACACACUUGACCAAGAUAGCUCCGGACAUCGCACGGCAUAUAAAGAUCAUUAGGGACAAGGAGGAGCUGAAGAAGCACCGCGUGAGCGAAGACUGCAUUGGAGCCACAUUGACCGCUGGAGCCGGCAGCCUGUGGCCGUACAAGCUGGUAACCUUCAUCCUCGAGCGGCUUGUCAAGGAAGGCAAACUGAACCUCCAAACCCAAACCCCCGUUACAGAAAUCAGCUCCGCAUUCUCUACGCACUCCGUCCACACGCCACGCGGCACCAUCAAAGCAAACACCGUCAUCCUCGCAACCAACGGCUACACCUCCGCGCUCCUCCCCCACUUCGCCGACCUCAUCGUCCCCGCCCGCGGCGAAAUGUCCGCUCUAUUUCCCCCGCAGGGUUCGACAAUACUCCCCGACUCCUACGGCAUGGUCGCCGCCCUCGGUCAGCCCGCAAACAACGACGACUACCUGAUCCAGCGGCCCUUCUCCGGGGUCCCCAACCCCGCGGGACAUUUGAUGUUCGGCGGCGGCCGCGGAGUAGGCACACUGCCCACCAUUGGAGUCAGCGACGACAGCGUCAUCGACGAGGCCUCAGCUGCAUAUCUCCGCGGCGCGCUGCUCAAGAUCCUUGAGCUUGGCGGGGAAACAGAAGGGCUUACGGAGCUUCAAGCCGCCGCCCAAUGGACUGGGAUCAUGGGGUACUCGCGAGACAAUCAUCCAUGGGUGGGUAAGGUGCCAGAUCGGGAGGGGUUGUGGCUGUGUGCUGGGUACACGGGGCAUGGGAUGCCGAAUGGGACACUUUGUGGGAAGGCGGUGGUGGAGAUGGUGCUUGGCCAGGAGGCGGGGAGGGAUGUUGGAGCGGUGAUGGAGGACAUGACGCGAGAGGGAGAGAUCCCGAAGAGUUACCUGAUUACAGAGGAGAGGAUCAAAAAGGCCAGGAUGUGGCCGACGGUGGAGGUGCAGGACAGGCAGGGCAUCCACAUGAACGGCGUCGUUUAAGGGAAUUUGGGGUAGAAUGAUUCGUAGAGUAGCAGGCUAGUAUGAACCCAUACUACCAACGUUGUAGACACUGAAAACUUGCUUGAACGAGACAUAGCACUCCCU